AUGGACGGUGUGAACCAUCCCUUCUCCUUCCGCUGCGGCGACAGCGAGUUCGCCUUUAGAAACAACCUGGGCGCAGACUCUCUGACCCUUACUUGGACUGCCCCUGGCAAGAACGAUAACGUCAACAACAACCCUGCCGGUAACCAGGCCAUUGUCCACCAGAACAUCGACGGUAAUGCCAAUGCUGGAGACAAUGGUAAUGGAGCCAACGACGAGGGAAACGACCACAAGAGACGCCGCGUCCACGUGGAGAUUGAGAAGCAUCGCGUCACUGUCCUAAAGCUCGGAUCCGACGUGGCCUUCGACUUCAAGUCUGCCGCUGCCGAGUCUGAGAGACAGCUGGCCAACACCAUCACCGAGCGCGACCAGCUCCAGGCCCAGCUUACCAACUUUGCUGGUGCCCGCGACAACUUGCAGCAGCAGUGUGACGACUUGAAGAAGCAGCGCGACCGGUACUAUAUCGAGCUCGUCACCGUCACCAAUACGAACAUCAGACUCCAGGCGUCGCACAACAACCUGCGCACCCAGCAUGAAGCCCUCCUGGGUCAGAAUGCUCAGUUGAAGACCGAGCUUGCCGCCUCUCAGGCCAACGUUCAGGUUCUGCUCACCAACGAUCGUGAAUACCAGAAGCUCAAGGGAGAGCACGCUACUCUCAAGAAUGACAAUCAGGCUCUGAAGAACGAGUAUGAGACCCUUCAAGAGCAGCACACGACUCUCAAGGAGGACUUCGAGGGCCAGAGCCAGGAAUGGGAGUACUUUCUUGGAAACCUACACCAUGACGUAAAUGAGGGAGGAUUCGAAUGCCAGAUUGAGCAGGCAGAGGCAGAGGUCCGCGAAGUCCGAGACCAGAUGGAUGAUCUCCAAGAUGAGUACCGUCGUCUCGAGUCCGACAAGAACGAAGCUCUGCAGCAUCUCGAAACUGCUCUAUCCGAGCUGCAGGAGGCUAAAGAGGAGGCCCAGAACCUCAAGAACGAGGUCGCCGAGCAGAAGGAGACUGUGGAGUACGUGCGCAUUAUUGAGAAGAUGCUCGAGAAGGUCGCCAAUGCGAAGAAGGGCGUUGAGGAGCACGUCCGCACUGUCGAGAACAAGCUUGAGGCCGAGACAGCUCGUGCCGCUGAUUACGCUUCUCAACUCCACCAGCUGCAGGAAGCCGCGAACCGGUCUGCGGUCGAGGACGACGCCAACGGUACGCUCAAGGUCAAGGAGCUCCAGGACAAGAACGCCGCCAAGGACGUUCAGAUCGCCGCCCUCGAGGCCGCCCUCAAGCAAGCUAAUGAGAAGAAAGCCGACGUGGACCGAUGGGAGGUUGCAAAGGAUGUCUACCGAGCCAAGAAGAACAGCCGCCUCAGCGUUCGCAGUGCGACUGACAACAUCAUGAAGGACUCGGAGGAGAUGCGCACCCGUGCUCUUCGCCGCACUGCCGAUGCGACGGAGAAGAACUCGGCCGAGGAGCCGCGUCGCGACCUGAACCAGGUGUUCCAGAUUUGA